GGUAACAGGGCUCACUCAAAGCGGGGAGCUUGCGCCAUGGACUUCCUCCUGAAUUAACGUCCUUCUAAAACACGUUAAAAAAAAAGAACCACACCAGUUCCCACAGAAUCUCACUUCCUCCCAUUGAUAAAGGAAAGGGGAUACGCUGGCUUAAGGGGAAAUGGUUGUGUUUCUAAAGAAGAUUCCGGUCGGUUUCAGACUCCGGGAACGAGUGCGGGGAGAUGCUGCCUGACCAGUUGAGUUUUCAAUUUCUAACUAUAACUUGAAGAUGCAACUGGGAAACCCCUUUGGCUGGAUGAAUGAGGAUUGAGAGAAACAUUUUAAGUGACUGAUGAACAAGGACACCUAGAUCUCGUUGUGCUUCCCCUUUUCCUAACUUGACACCAACUUUGGUUGGCCCCGGUAGAAGCUGCUGCGUCAGAGUACGCCACCAUCUUCCCAGACUUCAGUGAGGGAGAGACCACGGUUUGACUUGCAGGUUGGUGCCUAGACAUUUGUAAUUAGGAUGGAGCAGCCAAGGAGGGCACCGCUGGACGAGGAGAAACGGCUUCUGAAGCCUCCGCUGAAACCGAAACCCCCGAUGCUUGCCCGCACUGCUAGAAUCCAGGACAAUGGUUCGCAUCCUCCUGUUCCUGCUAGGAGACAGCCUCCAGAGACCGUGGCGGCCGGCCAACCUUUGCACAGCUCAGGAAAUGUCCAGAAGAUCCGGGAAUUGUUCAACAAGUCCACGAGCCCUCCAAAUCCCGGGAGGCUGGAGAAGAAGCCCCUGGGCGUCAGGCGGUCGGAGUCGGCGCGGGAGGCUACCGUGGCCCCCGUCCCAAAGCCGAGGGUUCAGCGAAAGCACGCGGUGAGGUCGGCGGCCUCGCAGGAGGAGCUGGCGGACCACAGUGAGAAGCGGGUGGCAUCGGCAGCCACGCGGGCUCCCGUCGCUCCCCCCCUGAGCUCGGGCGUCCCAGGAGACCCUCAGGAGGAGACAGCACUGGAUAGCGACAAAGAGCCGGACGAGACAGUGGAUGAAUGGUGCUGCCCUCCCAACUGCCCGUGCCUGUGUCACAGGAAAUGUCCCGGGAUGGUGCUGGUGUGGAGACCUGCCCCAGCUCCUGAAGGGGCCGUGCGGACCGCUGAAUCCCCAUCGGAUUCCUCGGAGAGCGACGGGGAGCCGUUCCACUACGUCCUUCCCAUCGGUGAGGCAGCCGACUGCCACCAGGACUCACACCUCCCCACAAUCGCCCUGGAGGUGGUCGGGUCCGACGGUCCGGCGGGUGCCGUGGUCCCAGAGGUCGGGAAUGGCAGCUCCGCUUGGCCGGAUGGGCGUCACAAGCCCUCCGACCUGCCCGGCAAUGUAACUCCACCGUUCGGGCGGGCCAACCCACUGCCAAAGCCACCGCGCCAUCACAAGCCCGCGCUGGCUGGCGCCCCACACUUCCCCAGCAGGAGGCUGGCGCAGGUGCGGAGGUCCGGAGCCCCCCUGCCCGCCCACCCGGACCAACUCUCUGACUGCGUGGAUCGGCUCGACCUCCACGUCCCGAAGACAAGCCUCUCCCCCCUUUCUCUGCCCCCGCUGGCUGGGACUGUCCUGAAGCUGCCCAGCCCCACUGUGACGAGGUCGGCCCCGCCCAGCCCCAGUGAGAAGCACAAGCAGUUGACCUUCAACCAGGUAGAUGGGGGUGAGGACGAGAACUUGACGAGUAACCUGUACGAGAUUCGCCUGGACAUCCUUGAGAGAAGAUCUUCAAAGCCUGAGAGAGGGGAUGUGAAAGAUUGGGAAUCUCGAUUCGAAAGCGAGCCUUUGUAUCAGACCUACCGAGACACGGUGAUCCACAAGGAGAUCAGGCGGCAGACGCUGGUGAGGGACUCGAGCAAGACCAGCGAGGACUACAUGUACGAGAGCGUCCCCUUCAUCACCGCCACCGAGAAGGUCAGCAGCUCCCUGUGGCAGGACCUGAGUGUGGUGCAGCAGAGUGGAAUCCUCAACACCCUCAGCAAGGAAGAGCGUAGGCGGCAGGAGAGUAUGUUCGAGGUUCUCACGUCCGAGGCUUCUUAUCUCCGCAGCUUGAACAUUCUCAUUGAGCACUUCAUGAACGCCAGGGACCUGAACGAUAACAUCAUACUGCGGGACAAGAAAACCCUGUUCUCCUGCAUCGUCCGAGUGAAGAAAGUCAGCGAGAGCUUUCUGAAGGAGUUAGAAGAGCGCGUGGAUGAGAGUAUAAUGAUCAGCGACGUCUGCGACAUCAUUUAUUCCCACGCCCAGCACAAUUUUCAAGUCUACAUCGAUUAUGUACGAAACCAAUUCUACCAGGAACAGAAAUACAGCCAGCUGAUGGAGGAGAACCCACAUUUUGCGGCUGCCGUCAUCCGCCUGCAGGAACUCCCCCAGUGCCAGCGGCUCCCUCUCAUGUCCUUUCUGCUUCUCCCCUUCCAGAGGAUAACCCGGAUCAAGAUGCUGAUUGAGAACAUUCUCCAAAAAUCCGAGGUUGGCUCGGCCAAUGAAGAAACGGCCUCCAAAGCACUAAGUGUUGUUUCGAAGAUCAUCGAAGACUGCAACAGGGAAGUCGGGAUCAUGAAGCAAAUGGAAGAGAUGAUUCACAUAGCAAAGAAGCUGGAGUUCGACAAGUUAAAGGCCAUUCCCAUUAUCUCCAAGGCCCGGCACCUUGAGAAACAAGGGGAAAUUUCAGAGAUCGUCUUUCGAGAGAAUCUCUUCGGGGUAAAGCCAAAGAUCACCAGUCUGUACUUGUUCCUUUUCAAUGACUUGCUACUCAUCACCAUCAAAAAGGGGGCGGACAGGUACCAGGUAGUUGACUACGCCCACCGGUCACUGGUCGAGGUCCAGGAUGGCCCCGGCAGCUCGCUGGGUGCCAGCAUCGGGAACUGUUUCACGCUCACCCUCCUCGAGAACCACCAAGGCAAGCAGAGCAAGCGGACGCUGAAGGCGCUGACCGAGUCAGACCGCCACCGUUGGAUGAACGCGUUGACCUCUGGUCAGUAUGACCUUCAGGAGGACACCAAUGACGACAAGGUCUAUGAGUUUUGGGACUGCCCGCAGGUGCAGUGCCUGAUCCCCUACACGGCCCGGCAAGCGGACGAACUGAGCCUCGAGCCUGCCGAUAUCGUCAACGUGACCAGGAAAUCGCCCGAGGGCUGGUACGAGGGCUCCAAGUUGUCCACGGGGCAGAAGGGCUGGUUCCCCAGUGAAAACGUGCAGGAGAUCACCAACGAACACGUGCGUAGACGGAACCUGAAGGAACGAUACCGGCUGCUCCAGGCGGCCGAACAGCUGCACCAGAAACACGGCAAGGAGGCGGCCAGCAGCUCCUUGUGAAGGGACCAGGGACCGGGAGAUGGGCUGGGACACUCAGUGGAUAGAUAGCAGCUGAUGGUGUUGUACCCCAGAACCUGCCCUCGAACCACACGGCGCCCUGAAAGCCUCCGUCCGAGCACGAACCCUGAUCUUCAUUCUAGUCCCGCGGCACGGCGGGAGAGCGGGUGGUGACGGAGCCCCGGGUUUUUCGACUACACUCAGUGUCUGGGGAGAGGGGAGUGGGUUUUACAUGCAUCCACACACACCCUCCCCCAGAAACUUUGCUCCUGCCCAUCUCCACCUGAACAGGAAGAUCCCACCAGAGUGGGCGGACUCUUGCUUCACCCACGGUGCCUGGAAUGGGAGGCGGGGGUGGGGGGUGUGGCGGAGGUUUUUAUUUGGGAUGGGAGUUCGGAACUUCAAAAGAGGUGGGGGAAAGGAUCGAAUUAUCACCACGAGGAAAAGCCAGUGAAAUCUGCACCAGUAUUGAGGGAGUUCAUCUCUUUCAUCUACUUUUAGAUGUUACUUUAUUCAGUUCAUUAUUAUUUUGUGUAAAAUAUUUGUAAAGAAACAUUAAGCCACAGAAUAGACAGUCAGUCAGCUCUGAAAGUGACUGAGGCUGGAUUAAAUUGAGGCUGUACCUCAAUAAGUAACCAAAAUAAAUGAAUGGGGCUCUCAUCCACCACUUCACACUGGCAGCUCAUUCCACACUCUCACCAACCUCUGAGUGAAACAGAUAUUUCACCUUUCAUCUCUAGUUCUAGUCUCACCCAACCUGGGGCGGGGGGCGGGAAGCUUGCGUGUGUGCAUUCACCCCAUCUAUGCCCCUCAUAAUGUUGUAAACAGAACCUCAGUAAGAUAUCCCCUCAUUCCCCUCUGCUCCAGAGAGUAAAUUCGAUCUUUCCCUGUAACUCAGGUCCUCAAGGCCCGGCAACAACUUUGUAAAGUUCUCCGAACUCUUUCAAACUUAUUCACACCUUUCCUGUAGGCAAGUGUCCACAUCCACACACAAUACUUUAAAUUCGGCCUCACCAAUGUCAAGUACAACUACAGCCUAACAUCCCAACUCCUGUACUUGUGACUAGAAGCAUUGUAUGGUACAUCUUUAGUGCACACUGUAGCAUCUGGGGAUGGCCCAGCUGUUACCCAGCCUGCUGUUCAGGUCGGAUGUUUGGAAAACCACGGCCCAGGAUGGUUCAAACCCAGAAAGAGAUCCUCAAACACUUCCAGAUGUUGGAUCAGACAGAGGCUGGUGAAAUUGGAACACCCAGCUGCUGUGUGUGUGACUCCACAUGGCCUUGUGAUCAUUAUUCAGACUAUGUUGCUUACUACACAUUUGCCUACCCCCUCACCAUUUCAACACCGUUCCCCCUCCCGCUUCACUGACCCCGUCUCAUGUUCCCCCCUUUUCACCA